AAUGUAAUAUUAACCAGCAAACUAAUCACCUUAGCCACAAUAUGUUAACCCUGGAUAGAUCGAUGUAAUUAUUUUUAGAAAUCUAGACUUCGUUUAACUCAGGAUUAGAUGCAAUGUCUAGAUGUCAAAGUGUUUACAUUAAAUAACGUCCUGACUAUUUAGAAUCUUUAGGAUUCUGUGAGAAAAAAAAUGUUUAUUAUGUUUAUUAAUCUGAUACAAUGGGAAAUAAACCAGAUUUUAAGCAUUAAGCUCCGAUUUUUAAAUGUAAAGAAGAAAGUAGCUGCUGGUAAAGAAAUUGUCUUCCAGGGGCUUGUCGAGCCUUUGAUUUGAAAGUCAAAUAAUAUGAUUAAAAAUAAGACACGAACACAGUAUUUAGAUUAAGCAGAGAAUUCAAAUGUACAUUUCUUUGCCUAGCAAGGUAUUAAAAAUAUUUAAUUUCAGACCUAUGAUGGAAGUUUAAUUAGAAAAUGGAGGUAAAAUAGGUUAUAUAUUCUACCCAUUUAUGUGUUGUGAUAAGGGAGUUGAAAUAAGAGAUGAGAAUAAUUCAUUAAUAUAUUCUGUUAAAGGAAGUUGUUGUCAAUGGCCAUUUUUAGUAUAAUUACCUUGUGAAGCAUGCUAGAGAGCAAGAUUUGAUAUAGUUGAUUCACAAGGAUAGGUAUAGAUUAAUCAAUAUACUUAAGAAAGUUUCGGAAUUGUGGAAAGAAUCUGCUGGGUUUUGCAAUGCAUUAUGUAAUGUGGAUGCAACCAACUUUAGAUUAAUGUUUCCUUAGUAAUCUACUAGUAGACAAAAGGCUCUUCUAUUGGCAGCUGCUUUAUUCAUAGAUUUUAAUUAUUUCGAAGAAUCUCCUUAAGAUUAGAAUCAAAAUUCGAUAUGAU